AUAUACUUAUUUCCAAAAAGUUCCCUUGUGUUACCUUUUCUUGCUUUAUCCCGCCCUCUUUUUGUUCUUUUAAAACAUGGACCCUUCAGAAUUUCCUACGCUUGAAGAGGCAAAUGCUGUAAAUGACAGCAAACACUCCGAAAAUGAUCCUUCCCCUGGUUUAGAAGCUUCCUGGGCUCAGGUUGUCAAAGAAGAUGGUAUCAACAGUGAGGAAAACGGUCAACCAGGAGCAAAACAAGAGCAAAACAACUCAGUGCCAGUAGAGUCAGUUAUCAAGGAAGAUGUGUCAUUUGCCGAUAUCACCAAACAAGACUUGCCGGAGAACCAGGAAUUCCCUACACUCGAACAAUCGACAUCAAUUCAACCACCCGAAAGCGUCGAGCCCGAAUCAGCUGGAGUUGGAGACCUCUUGAGCAAAAGUAAUGAGAGUAGCGUUCAAGAUUCCACAAUACCCCCGCAUCCUGACCGUUCAUUUGCCACUGUUGCUUCGAACCGAGAGUUCCCUUCCCUGGACGCGACUACAAAGGCAGAAGUUCCUGUCAGCAAUGAUUUAUCAGACCUACCUGAUGUCAAGGAUAUGUUGAAAGAACGCUCUGUCAAGGUUCCCCCUCCUCCUCCUUCCCAAAGCUUUGCAAAGAUUGCUUCCAAAGAACCUCCCCCAACCGAAAAGCCUUUGAGCGAUAGAGCUAAACAAUUGAUGGCCGAGCAAGAGAAACUUCCAGAAUCGCCCAAGACUGAACUCAAUCACAAUAAUUUCCCGACACUGGCGCAGUCCAAGCUUAUGGCAGAACAUCAUGCUUCUCCCACUGGCAAGGACAAGGAACUUUUCACAGAGAUCUCACGCCUUCACGAAGCAGCAGAGGCAGUAGAGCCAGAAGAAGAACCAACUUCUUCUGAGAAAGACACCUCAGAUAUAAGUUCGGAUAUGGGUAACUCAUUUGUGAAAAUCGAUCCUUCAUUUGCCAAGAUUACGGGCAGUAACCUCGAGAAUGCUCCUCCUUCUGCAUAUCCCAAGCAUGUACCUCGUCAUCCUUCUUAUGAUGAAGACACAAUCAUGAGAGAGCGUACUAGAGCCGAGGCUCGUAAGAUGAGACAAGAACCUCAUGGUGAAGAAACCACAGAGGAAUUCACGCCUGAGAUGAAGGUCAUGGAGCAAAAGAAGAAGGAAAUAAUCAAGGAAAAGAUUGAGGAAGAAAAAGAAGCAAAGGUCGAGAAGAAGCAGAGUGGUAAUAAGGCUCCUACCUCAAAAUCAAGAGGUGUAGAACAGGACAGCACCAUAGCAUCCACUGCCGCUGCCGCUGCCUCUACUGCUGCCGCUGCCGCUUCUACUGCAGCUUCUACGGCCGCUACAUUAUUAAGCGAGGCCGCUUCUUCAAAGGACGAUAUCGAUUCUGAAGCCAAGGAGGAUGUGGAUGAUGAAAUCAAGGCUGUCGAGACACGUAUCAAAUUCUUUGACAAGCGUGGUCGUGGAAAGAUUACGAUGCUGGACACAUUCUGCUCUCUGCGUGGAUUGGGAUAUUCGUUUAUUUUUGCCAUCCCUGCUACAGUUCUUAUGCAUCUCAGACUGUCUCCUCUUACUUCCCCUCACGGGUUCCCAUUCUUCUACCGGUCUUUGACUGACUUGCUGACCUUACCGAUUUACACAAAGCGUGUGGCACAGGCCUUGACUUACAAUACACCAAUGCUUGCUCAGGAUGAGGGUCAGGUUAACAACAUGAUUCAAGCCUAUGGUCACAAAGCACAAGGCAGCAGCCUGUUGGGAUUAAGUUUCUGGGACGGGUUCAGAGCCAUGCGAGCAAAUGAAAAGAAGACUCUUAGAUGGUGGCAAUUCAAACAAUGGGGUAUCCACAGAUUGCAGUGGGUCUUGGCUUACACCAUGCUUCAUGAUCCAGAAACAAAGCUGGUUACUCAGCCUACUCUGAACAGUCUCCACAGACAGCUUAUAAAAUAACUAACUACAAACCUACUUGUCUACCUGCUUAACUCACUUACUCACUCACUUACUCACUCACUUACUAAAUAGCAACAUCAAGCCAUAAUAUUCUGUUCUUUCUCUUUCCUAUUUCUUCUCUUUAUUGCCGUGCGUCCUUACCAACCUUUUCUUCUUUUCAUCCUUUUACUUUAUUUUAUCUUACUCUCUAUCAAUUCGAAUUUUCCAGUCCCUCAAUCUCAACCUUAACAUCUUCCUUUCUCUCUAUUUUUAUAUGUGUAUAUUAUAAAUUGUACACCAGACCUUUGCAGUCAAUAUGAAAAUAUGUAUGUAACAGACGAAUAAAAAAAUAAAACAUAAAUUAUAUAUAUAUAUUUAUGAUAUAAACAAU